AUCAAAACAAGCUGUCAAAUUCUUGCACCAUUGGUGGACGAUACACAAAAUGUGUUACUAUUAAGAUUCUACUGGUCUCAGCUGGCUAACAGUGCUACCUAGUUAGCUAGCUAAUAUUAAAUACCCGAGCUGGGGCUAGCUAACAACAACACUGGGGUUAAGGCUUUCUCAGACUUCUAUGUUAUGGGACAUCGGAUGCGGUGAAUUAACCCGACAAAACAAUAUCACGUCCACCCAGCAGCACUGAUUUGAUCCUCUGGUUCACUGGUCAAUCAUGGAUAGAAGUUCAGUUCCAGGUAGGACGAGUUCAGUCUCGGAGGAGAUGGAGGGGAUAUGCGUGAUGCCGGAUGUAAGCGGCAUUAAGUCGGAACACCCAGGUGGAAGUACGGACCACACCGGUGCACAAAACGUGGCCAUGGGGAUCAAGUUCAUCCUGCCUAACCGCUUUGAUAUGAACGUGUGCUCCAGAUUCGUCAAGUCGCUCAACGAGGAGGACAGUAAAAACAUCCAGGACCAGGUCAACUCCGACUUGGAGGUGGCGUCUGUUUUAUUUAAAGCGGAGUGUAAUAUUCAGACAUCGCCCUCACCAGGGAUACAAGUGCGUCAUGUUUAUACCCCGUCCACUACCAAGCACUUCUCCCCCAUCAAACAGUCGACAACCCUCACCAACAAGCACCGCGGUAACGAGGUGUCCUCUACUCCUCUACUAGUCCACUCUCUGUCCAUUCACCAGCUAGCAGCACAGGGAGAAAUGGUGUUCCUGGCCAGCAGGAUAGAACAAGAGACAGUGAUUAACCUGCAGGACGAGGAAGGCUUCACGCCCUUGAUGUGGGCCGCAGCCCACGGACAGAUAGCAGUCGUGGAGUUCCUGCUUCAGAACGGAGCAGACCCCAACCUUUUAGCUAAAGGUAGAGAGAGUGCCCUGUCUCUGGCCUGCAGUAGAGGAUACACAGAUAUCGUGAAGAUGCUCAUUGACUGUGGAGUGGAUGUCAAUGAAUACGACUGGAACGGAGGGGCUCCUGUUCUCUAUGCUGUCCAUGGAAACCACGUACGCUGUGUGGAAAUCCUCCUGGAGAGCGGAGCAGAUCCCACCAUUGAGUCAGACUCUGGCUUCAACGCUAUGGACAUGGCUGUGGCAAUGGGUCAUAGGAAUGUUCAACAGGUGAUGGAGGCCCACCUGCUGAAGUUACUAAUGGGAAUCAGAGAGUGAUCCAGGGAAGGUCCACUACCUGGGCGGCAUGAGAUGAAGUACUGCCUGGGAAUGGAACAACAGUGUGUGCUAUAAAGAAGAAAAGGGUCAAGGACAAUUGUGUUAUUUCAGACUAUGGUUAUAGAAUCCUGAAGCACAGGCCUGAAUGGAUGGUUUUGAGUGAGAAUAUUUAUCUUGAGUUUCAGCACUGUUUUGUGUUGACACUUUAUUCUUCCGACCUUGGUUUGUUAAAAUGCAAAUAACAUGAGCCAAACUAUUUUAAGAAAUGUGUGCAUUUGCCCAAGCAUCUGCACUAAUCAUAAAUGGAAGGAGUUUGUGAAAGUUGUCUGAUUACGAUUAAGUAAACACUAAAGUUGUGGUAAAAUUAAGUAUAUUAAAUGGUUUGGAUUCGGUUGUAGGAUAUUUUAAUUUCAUAUUUAUUAUUGUUUGACUUACAUUAGAACAAAUGGUUUUAUACCAUACAUCAUUGUGGUAGAAUAUUCUUAAUGUUUAUUCAUUUAUUAUUGUAAAUAAACAUUUGUUUUUACAUAGUUUCAGUGUUAUUCAUGUUCUAAAUAAUCUUUAUUUUUAUUUGUCAAUAACUAUUCCAAUUGUUAUUAGUAACAGUUGUAUUUGUAAAAGUUGAUUAACUGCAAGUACUUAACAGAUCAUUUUUGAAAAAGGAAAAUCACCUAGUUGUUACAUAACCCUUACCAGCCAUGUUUUCUAUAGAUACUUUUGCUUCUAAAACUACUAGUAUAAAAAAACUUUCUUGCACAUGUCAAAUUAAUGACAACCAAAAGUAAUUUAUAAUUGUCAUUACAUCUAUCCACAAGUAAUAAUUACUGUAAAGAAAUGUUGGCUACUUGGAGAUGGAGUAUUUGCACUCCGCAUGUUGCAUUACAUUAAAUACUUAAGCAAAAACAAAUGUAUCAUGUUCUCUGCGUUGGCUUAGUGUUUCCCGAAUGGGUACAAGGACUAUCUUCUGAGGGUAUUUGAGAAGACUUAUGAGACCAUUCACAUGUAAAAUGUACAUGAGGGGGUACUUAAAGGGUGCUCUGGGCACAGCAAAAUUCCACUGGUGGCAAUCAGAAAUGUUCGGGAAUCACUGGGUUAGCAGAAGCUGUGCCUUUAUGUCAUCGCAUCAGGGCCACAUUCAUUUGCAAAACGUUCUGAAUGUUGCAGACAGAAAUCAAAUAAGUUAGACUGUUUCUUGGAUCCUGCUGAACACACGCUACAUGCAUUUGUUUAAUCCCUGAUGUUUAACUAUUAGGCAUCUCUAAAUGGACAGUAUUUCCAAAGUGUUAAUUUGUUGCAAUUACAUUACAGGCUAUCAAAUGGUGGCUAGUAUUUAUUCCAAUGCUAAAUUAAACUUUUACGUGGUAUUAAUAUUUCAAGUUAACUAUCAACAUAAUAUAGCCAAUUUUAUGUUGCUACUUGUUACUCAUAUAAUAGAAACAACUAAAAUGUCAAUGCUAUUCCAUUUGGAACUAACAUACUGAUUUUUAUUCAGAAUGUUUUCUUUGAAAAAACAAUUUAUGAAUAGUGACUAGUAAGUUUGGGAUUUAGACCAGGGAAAUCUUGAAAUCUUGAAAAGGACUAUUAGUGAAUAACCACUAACAACUAUUAAGAUUGACACUAGUGAAAAAUAUUGAACCAGAGAUCAAUGUCAAAAAUUGAAAUGCAGGUAGCAAUAAUAGCUUAAUUUUAAUAAAAAUUAAUACCAUUUUGAAAAAUACCAUUUUGAAAAAUACUAGUUCAUUGAAUUACUAGCUGAAACUAGCAGCUCAGUUCCAAAAAAUACAAUUUAAAACCGAUUGCCGUGCCCAUUUAUCUAGAAACUGACCAAGGGCUUUUUUGAAGGUUUUGUGGUACUCACAUUCUGUUACUGCUGCGCACGUCACAUUGGUGUCCUGCUUUUUAGCGCAUUAUAUCCUAGCCUUGGAGUGCAAUUAAAAACAGGCAAAUUCAAUAUAUUUGUUCAAAAUACAAAUUAACUCAAUCUAAUAACUUUGUUAAACAACCACAGGGAUAAAACAGUAUUCACUUAAUUGACAAUAGCAAAUGUUUAUUCCAGAUACGAUGGUUUCAGCCAGACGGCAAAGAAAUCAGGUUUAGUAACAUGGAAUCAGGAGAACAAAAGAGCACGAACCUCAGAGACACCACCACAUACAACCUCAGAAACACCAUGUACAAUCUCACACCCUCAAACUGCACAGGGACACCAGAGUGCUCAAAAUAGCAAUAGGAGAAAUGGGGUGGCAAAAAAAUACAAUU